CUCUAAGCCCGUAUCAUGGCGGCGCCCCACGACGAUGAAGCCAUUACCACGUAUAGUAUGCACGUAUCUGCCAAGUACCUUGAGCUUACGAAGAAAAAACUUGAGUUGACGCGUUUACCGCGUGAACUUGAGUUACCGAACGAGAGGAGAUGGGGGCAGGGUACACCGAAGAGUGUGCUUGAGCCGCUUUUAGACUUCUGGCUAGAAGGCUAUGACUGGCGCGCCGCCGAAUCCCGCUUCAACUCCACCCUGCCCCAAUACCGCACGACCAUCACUGUGCCCUCUGUCGCCCCUCCUACCGCUACCAAAUCGCUACGCAUACACUUUGUACACAAGCGAUCCAAGCAUCCCAACGCCAUCCCUUUACUUCUCUGCCAUACAUGGCCUUCUUCGUUCAUAGAGAUUCAACGCGUCAUUGACGGAUUAACAGAUCCGCAUUCUCUACCAGGGUACGGCGACAGCCCACAACAGGCUUUUCAUGUCGUCGCGCCGAGCAUACCGGGUUUCGGAUUUAGCGAUGCCAGUAUGGAAGAGGAAUUUGGGUUGCACAGAACGGUGGAAGUAUUUCAGAAGCUGAUGGGAAGGCUGGGGUAUGCGCAGUUUGUUGCGCAUGGAACGGGAUGGGGCUUCGGCAUCUGUCGUGCACUGGCGCUGAGACAUUCAAAAAGUUGUUUGGCAGUGCAUACAGCGAAUCCGUCGUUUGACAAGCCAAAGUUGAAGAGUGGAGCCAUGCGGUAUUUCAAGUACCGUGUUGCUAAGUUGACAAAGGCAAAAGUGCCGUUGCUGAGCUUUGGUUACAUGCCUAGUGAAGUGCAGGCUCCAUCACAGAGUAUGGCCGAAAAACACCUCGCCAUACAGGACGGGAUGUAUGACGGUGAGCCGCUAGGGCCUACACUGCAUCGACUCUACUCCCUCCGGCCGCAGACACUGGCUUUCUCUUUGUGCGAUUCACCGGUUGGGUUGCUAGCCGCUCUGCUGGAUGUCAUUCAUACGAGGGAUCUGCCACAGCGUCCGCUCUCGUCGUCCCGAUCGAGGAGUCCGUUCCUCUCGCCUGUUGAGCUGGAGAUGCAGGGUGGCGACGAAGAGCAAGAAGAACAGGACGAGUUGCGUUCAACAUCUACGGAGCGACCCGGGGAUACGACGAGCCCGGGAAGAGCUGAAGGCGAUGGGAGAAGCUAUACGUGGAGCCCGACGGAGGUACUAAACUUUACAAUGUUGCAGUGGUUGCCUGGGCCUGAAGCGGCUCUCCGCUGGCUCCGCCGCGCACACAUGGACAUGCAAUCCCCCUCAUACCAAACCUUCACAGGUACUCCCCUGGGCAUCUCCACUUUCCUCCCUCCCAACAGCAGUAACGCGACACCGCUCAUGUGGGGUGCGAGCUCUUGGGACAUAUCCUGGGUGAAGCGUCAUGCCGGUCGCCCUGCGACGUUACCAGGCUUCGAAGCCCCGGAUGCGCUAGUGCUAGAUCUGAGGGAGUGUUUCGCAACGAUGAUGGACAGAGGGAAGGUGAAGUUGGAGAUGCCUGUUAGGGAAAGUUAGGUUGUAAUGAGUGUUGAUUGAAGAUAUAGGUAUAUCAGGUUUGUUGUAUGCAUUUAGAGCUGAAGGCUGGAUGGCGUGCAUGGUGUUUCGGCCCGUGGCCAUGGGUUGCUGGGAGGAUGCUUGUUGGUUGCAGGGGCUGUGCUGAUGCAAUAGGGUCUGGCAUCCUUAUGGCG